GUUUCACUUAAAACAAUUAUCUGUUACUGCUAUUUAAAAAAAACAAAUAUGACAUUUGUAAUUUCAAGCUCCCAUCCCUGUUUCUUUUUUCGUUUCACUCGCACUCUAAUUUCCGCUGUGGGGCUCCUAUUUUCCCCUCUCUUAAUGGUUGUCCCGUUGCGGGAGGGGGCGGUUUCUCACUACUACCACCAAAAGGAUUGCUGCUGCAUAAACGAACACGUUAAGGAUCCUUACUGAUUUUAAAGCGUGCCCCUACGCGGCUGUUAAUGUGCCUCCUUUGCCCUUGUGCCCACACACGCAGACAUCCACACCAAACCCGUAAGCACGAAGACCCACUCCUCUAAUUGCGCAGGGGAAACAUUCUGAGCUCUGCUUGUUGAAACGGAGUACUUGGAUUUAAAUUGGUUUAUUUUCUUGCUUGUUUAUAACCUUUGUUUCUUUGAAAGCCAGCCGUUUGUUGCCUUUUAAUUAACUCCUUUUAUCUUACCGGUGUCACAUCUUUGGAAAGCAAAAAAAAAAGCAGACUCAAUCGUAUAAAAGCUCUUUAUAUACUAAAGGAAUUAUUGUCUGUAACUGUUUUGUGUCUUCGUUGUACACUUGUCAAUUAAGAACUUUGGAUUUUGAAAUUGAUACGCAAAAAUUAUACAUACACACACACAUUAUUCUCAGUAUCCCUCUCCCUGUCAGCUUCUUUCUUCCUCUACUGUCGCUCGUUUAAUCCGACAACUUUUGUGUAUUAUAUUACUACUUACCGUAUCUAGUUUCAUUUUGUGAUAGUUUCUACACAUUCCCUCUCUUUUCCCGUCCUAUGAUUCCUUAUGUCUGCUAUUGCAAAUUUAAUUAAAGAAAAACUCAUUGGUACUGAACCCCAAGAAGCUGAGCGUCGUUUGCGAUGGUCUUUCCGGUUAGCGGCUUCGCAAAUUCUUCUGGGCAGAUUGGAAUGUGAACUGCUUUUGCCAGAAAGCAUUGACAACUCGCAUCAAGCUCUUUCUACGGCCACUUCGCUUCACACGGACAAUAUCCCCGAAUAUGCAACCAGCAUCGGUUUGCCCGGUAAUGCUUACAUGUUCAAUGAUUACUUCUGCUUUAUUUCCGAUAACCAUGAGGUGCGAUUUUGCAUACCGUACACUGUUAUUCAGAAGGCUGCGCGCACUAGUAAGAACGGGAUUGCUUCUGAGCUUCGACUUUACAUGUUUCAUGGUUUGACUAUCACUCUUGAGUACCUGCGGGCACCGGAGGCUUUUCUUCGGUUUUGCGAAUUACUACGCGAUGCCUUACGUGCUCACAAAUCUGAAAUGCCUUCCACGGCGGAGUUUGCAAAGUCUUUCUACUCUGAUUAUAUUUGUAGUGAUUCUAAGACUCCCAGUAAAGCUGCGCAAACAAAUUUCGGUUUUGGCGAAAUUCAUGAUUAUCCAACAGACGCGAAGGCUUCACGUGAACGACCAAAACUUCGUCUUUGGCGGGACUAUUUCUCACAACAUGGACGUAAUCUAACGCUCGUUCGUUUGCCUGUAUUCUCUAAACUCAUCCGUAUCGGUAUCCCGAAUAAACUUCGAGGAGAGCUUUGGGAGCUGUGUUCUGGAUCUCUCUACUUGCGUUUGGAAAACCGUAAUGAGUAUACGCACUUGCUCAAAGUACAUUCUGGGCAAGUUUCGUUUUCCAUCGAGGAAAUUGAAAAGGACUUGGGACGGAGCUUGCCAGAGUAUCCCGCAUACCAAAGUGAAGAAGGCAUUAGCUCUCUUCGUAAUGUCUUGGUUGCCUUUUCGUGGAAAAACCCGGAUGUCGGCUAUUGCCAGGCUAUGAACAUUGUUGCGGCUGCAUUGCUAAUUCAUUGCAGUGAAGAACAGACUUUUUGGCUCAUGCACCGACUCUGUGAAUCUUAUGUACCUGGCUAUUACUCUAAAACUAUGUAUGGCACGUUGCUAGACCAGAAGGUGUUUGAAAGCUUGGUGCGGAAACUUAUGCCGGUAUUGUAUGCUCACUUCAUUAAUUCAGACAUUCAACUAAGCAUUGUUUCUUUACCUUGGUUUUUGUCGCUUUUCUUUAGCACUAUGCCGUUGCAACAUGCAUUUCGAAUCUUGGACAGUUUUUUUCUUGAGGGGCCUCGCGUACUUUUUCAAAUCGGUCUUGCAAUUUUGUAUCUCAAUGAAGAAGAGAUCUUCAAGGUUAAGGAGGAUGCAAUGUUUAUAUCCAUUUUGAAGCGAUACUUUUCUACGUUGGACGAGCGACCUUAUCAUGAAUCGUUGGACAAAAGAGCUUCGAACAUUACCCGUUUCCAAGAAUUGCUUGUUGUGGCAUUCAAAAAAUUCAGUAAUAUUACGCAUGGCGUUAUUGAAGCGGAAAGAAAAAAGUUUAGUGGCACCGUAAUGUCUUCUAUUGAGUCAUUUGCCAAACGUACACAGAUUCGCAGUCUCCAAAACUAUCAACCCUUGACGAAAGAUGAACUUGGUAUUAUAUACGAUCGUUAUUUGGCCGCUCAAACAGAACCAUUGUCUACUCCUGAUGAUACUUCAAGUACUCAUAUGGAUUUUGUCUGUUUCUGUCGUUUUAUGGCGGGUCUCGCGGAGUGGGCAAAUGAUUUGGAUGAGAAGUCCAUCAAUACACCUGCUUCGUUCAUGCGGAGAUUGUUUCUGCGUUUUGAUAAAAGCCUUGUGGGUUCGGUAUCGCUGCAAGAUGUUGUGUCUGGUAUUGCCGAAUUAAAGGUUCGAGAUGUAAUGCACACCAUUUCUUAUAUGUUUGAGCUUUAUGAUUCCAAUGGGGACAGUUAUUUGGAAAAAAACGAUGUACUUAUGGUUUCAGAGGCUCUCUUAUGGAUUACACGGUAUAUGGGUGAUGAGUAUCUGCCUGCCGUCAGUAGAUUCAUCCAACGCUGCUUUCAUUAUGCUGACGAAGCUAGCGCUGACGGUGGUGAUGCCACAAAUCUUGUUGAUAUAACUUCUUCUGAGGAUGGUGAUAAACGUUCUAUUGGUGCCAAUAGUGCGAUUCGUGUGAGCUUGCCGACCUUCCGUAUGGUCAUUCUUUCAGUUCCGGAAUUGGAGCAGCUUUUCGCAACCGGUCUCGCAGACUCUAUUAAGUUAGAAUCCUUGCCGCCUAUGAUAACGCCCUCUCGUGGUUUGCGUGGAUUGCUCGACUCACUUGUCAAUGAUACCGCUAAACUUACCGUGGCUUUCCGGGCUCAUCGGCCAGCACAAGAAACUGUUACUACCUCUUCUCCUUCAACCUCCCCAUCAAAGUUGAAUUCUAAUUCGGAAAAAGAUGAUGAACUCGGCGCCGCCCACGAAAAUGAUAAAGAUUUAUUACAAUUUGAUCCGUUUUAACGACCUACUGCUUUUUUGCAGGACAUACUCGAUUCUUCCUUUUGUCCCUUUCUGCAUUCAUUUAUACGUGUUUACCCAUUCUCACUGUUUUCCCAUCAACACUCUAUCAAUCUCAUUUAUUAUUUGCAAUGCCAAUACUUUUACUUAGAUUUAUAAGCUAGUUCAUUUCUUUACUAGAAGCUAUACGACAAUUUAACAGCUAUCGACUAUUCUUAAUAAUGAGUGCUAUUUAUACCUG